GGACUUCACCCCGGAAGAACAGGGCCUGUGUGUGUGUAAAGGUAAAGCCGUGUGGAAACACAUGUCACAUAGUAUCCCGGCGCACUCAGGACCUGGAGUUCAAGCCAAACCUCAGCAUUUUGAUACUACAAGAACAAGUAAAUGUCCAGCAUGAUCCCUGUAUUCCUGACAGGGCUCUGCUUCCUGUUACUCAGGCCCACUUGUUGCAGUGGAAGCAAGAUUCUGGUAGUGCCUGUUGAUGGCAGCCACUGGAUCAACAUGGAGGUGAUCCUCCGAGAGCUGCACUCCAGAGGCCACAUCCUCACUGUGCUGCGCUCCGCCAAGAGCUGGUACAUCCCCAGUAACUCUACGUUUUAUACUUCUAUCAAUGUGCCCAUGCUGGAGGAUGAGGCAGAUAUGAACUACUACAAUAAAAUGCUCAUAGAUGUGAUGGAAUGCCGCAGGUGGCCGAAUUUUAUACGCACCUUCUGCCAGCAGUACUUGAUCACAUCCAUGUUGGGAAUGGGCCAUGAGAUACUUGCCAGAGCUGCUGCUACAAUGUUAGAUGAUCCUGUUUUUGUGAAGAAGCUGCAAGAUACCGAGUUUGACUUAAUGUUAACAGACCCUGCUCUAACUUUAGGGAUUCUUCUGGGUAGUUACCUGAAGCUGCCGAUAGUUUUCAAUGUGCGCUGGAUUAAUAAUGGGGAGGGACAUUUAACUAUAGCUCCCUCUCCAGUCUCCUAUGUCCCCGUGUCAGGAAGUGAACUCCAUGAUAAAAUGGAUUUUCUGGAAAGGACCAAGAAUAUGCUACAUUAUUUCUAUAAUGCUGCUGAACAGCAUUUUAUCAUUAACCCUGCGUACUCAGAUCUGCUCCAGCGGCACUUCCCUCCUGGUACAGACUUGCUGUCUUUGGAGCGUGCAGCUGAUAUUUGGCUGGUGAGGACGAAUUUUGUCUUUGAGUUUCCUCGGCCCACCAUGCCCAACGUAGUCUACAUAGGGGGUUUCCAGUGUAAAAAGGCCCGUCCCCUCUCUGCUGAGCUGGAGACCUUCAUGCAGAGCUCCGGGGAGCACGGGGUGGUGGUGAUGUCUCUAGGGACGCUGGUGUCAGCCCUGCCUUAUGAGGUCACAGAUGCCAUCGCUGCUGCUUUUGCUCAGCUUCCUCAGAAGGUGGUGUGGAGAUUUGUGGGUGAAAAGCCUCCAUCCCUGGGGAACAACACCCUGCUGGUGAACUGGCUGCCUCAAAAUGACCUCCUGGGGCACCCCAAGACUCGAGCAUUUGUGGCCCACGGAGGCACCAAUGGAAUGUAUGAGGCUAUUUACCAUGGUGUUCCCGUUCUGGGCCUGCCCCUCCUCUUUGACCAGUUCGACAACGUACUCCGGCUGAAGGUGCGUGGGGCAGCUCGGGUGGUGGAGGCCAAAUCACUCACGAAAGAGGAGUUCCUGGAGGCUCUGAAGGACAUCCUGGAGACUCCCUCAUACCGUAACAACAUACAGCGUCUUUCACAGCUACAACGUGACCAGCCAAUGUCUCCAAUGGACACCGCCAUCUUCUGGACUGAGUACGUCAUCAGGAACAAAGGAGCAGCCCAUCUGCAGUCAGCUGCUUUUAGCCUGUCUUGGUACUCCUACUUCUGUCUGGAUGUGGCUGCUUUCAUCAUGGCCCUUAUUGGAGCCUUUGUCUGGGCUUCAGUCUUAGUCUGUAGGAUUCUCUGCUGCCGAAGGUCCAGGAGAAAGACGAAAGCAGAGUAACUGAUUCAGAAAAGUGGAGUCAUAAUAGCAUGGCUAAAACAGUGAUAGACUAGGCGGCUUGACCAGAGGACCAUAAGAGUAAACACACCUUCACACAUAUGAAACCAUGAUCCUGUGGGUAAUGAUGAUCAGUAACGGCGCACCACAUUGACAUUACUGACAAAAUGUUUCAUGUCUAUGCAUUUGCAUUACAAACACAAAACACAAGUGUGUAGAUUGAUUGUUGUACAACAUACAUUUACAUACUGUGGAGUUAUGAGCCAAUAAAAUGUAUGUAAAAGUGA